AAAGCGGUGAAGGUCUUGCAACUCUCCUUGGCAUCCACACUCUCACUCCGUUUAGACGGGUGGUGCACUGUGCCGUGUGCCGGAACCUCGCAGCACAGCUGAAAGCAAUCAUCCAUGGCACAUCUGAUCACCUGCAGUCUGGUCCUGCUGUGGCUGCGCUGGAUUAACGGGGUCACGCAAGGGUCUUUUCUGGAGUGUAUUCCAGUUCUCACGGUGCCUCGCAACACAGUGUGGAGGGCUGCUCCAAUGAACACCCUGAAGAUCAACUGCAAUGUCAGCAUUCCUUCACACUGCUGGGAAAACUUAGCGUUGUCAUGGUGCAAAGUUGAUGACGGGAAUGACUGCAAACCUUUGAAUCACUCCAGUCACAUCACAACAGAAUGGAGGAAGAUUACUGGGGAAUAUAAGACCUCAUUCCUGGUUUUCAGAAACUUAUCUACUGCUGACAGUGGUCUAUACAGGUGUAAAGUAGACGGACGUGUAUCCACUAUAAGCCAUAAUAUCAAUGUUACUGUGACAGACUGGGUAACACCCACAGGUAACAUGGACAGUGACGUUCAAAGAAAUCAAAGCACAGCAAAUGGGUCCAUAAGAGAUUCUGUAGACUGGUCAUUGCUGUGGCCAUAUGGAUACAUCUGCGGUGGGAUUCUGCUGGUGGUGGCAACACUGAUGCUUGGAUCUGUGCUCAUCAUCAGAUGCCAACGACCCAAAAAGUCAAAGAAAGAGAGAAUAGCUGAGAAUCAGUCUACAGCGACCCAAGCAUCAUAUAUCCCUCAGCCCAUAAAUGACACCAUUAGUUAUCGGCAUGACAACACCCACAGUCUGCCUCCCCAACUCAGUCCAUCCUGCAUCUAUGAUAUUCCGCGUGCCAGGGCUUCAUCUCAUAGAGACCGCCCUUCGGCGGGAAGGCGUCCAGCCAAUCAGGUGGCACCAGGGCAAAUGCAUGACCAGAACAAUGUAAAUGCGGAGGAAGAGGACAGCCCGCUGAUAUACGCCUCCCUGAAUCACAAGACUUUGCUGCACGGCCCAAUCAAAGUCUCGCAUUCAGAGAUGGAGAACUCUGAGUACGCUGCCAUUAAAAUCAACUAAAAUCCCAUGGAUGAUUUAGGCUGAUCUGACAUCAGCUCUGUUUUGUUUUUUGUUUUUAUUGUCUUUUUUUUGGACAUGAAUAAGACUAGGUGGUCUGGGAGCAGUUUGGACUUUGGACUUAGCACUCUGACCUUCCUGAUUAUGAUUUGGGAUGUGUUUCAACUUAUGUAUUUAUGUAACUUUAUGUGGUUCCACUGUAGAUAUAAUAAUAUUGUGUAAAAUAAUAAUAUGUUGAGUUCUAUAUGUGGGUCUCCAGUGCUAUCUUUAGACAGAACAGUGAACAUAGAUCUGAUCCCCCAUUUUGUCAUUUUUAUACCUUAUAUCUAGUGAAAACAUCUAUAUUUUACGUAUAUUUUGCAUUUCUCAUUAUUAUUAUGAAUUAACUUUCAAGAUUCUUCAACCUAUUGUGGCAUUACUUUGACAUUAUUUCAGCACGUUAAUGCUGAGGAGGCAAAUAUGGCCCCUGAUUGGAGGUGACCAAGCACAUGUGCAAAGUGUGCUGUAACGCUAAAGUUCAGACACGAUUUCUCUGCACAAAGCCUGGCUGCCGUAAAAGUGCAUAAUGGGACAGCCUCUUGCAGAGCACAAAGAGCCGAGCACCCACAAGUACUACGACACACAGACGCACUUCCUGUGUAAGGAAGAGGAGUGGGUGAUGCAUGGAGCAAACCACGACAUGUGACUUACAGCUGUAACAUUGUGUGAUGAAUGUGACCUCACCCUGUAUUAAAGGCCGAUGAGUAAAUUA